ACUUUAGUUGAAGGGGUCCGCCCUCUAAUUUAUGAAGAAAAAGGCACGCACCGGCACCCGAAGCAGCUUAUUGGUGGGUCUAAGCGCUUCCUGUUUCUUGGUGAAGCCGUUUAAAGGCUGUCCCUAGUGCACGGUGCCCCGCUUUUUUACAGGUAACAGGGAAAGUCGUAUUGGUGAAGCCUUUUAUGUGGAGAAAAUUGUUUCAGAGGCUUGGCGAACUUAAUGUCCGGACAGGUACAUAGACAGUAUAAUGUUUGUUGUACUUAUCUGAUAUAUUAAUUUUUCAUAGGUUCAAGGUGAACCUCGUGCACAAGGCUCCUGCAUUGCGGGCUUUGGGGAGAAUUAUUUUUCAUAGACCGGGUUCAUCUAAGCUGACAAAACAAUUUUCUAAUGCUUUUUUUUUUAUUUUAACUUUUGCAACUGGAAUUUUAGUUCUUUUAGCUUUUGGUUAGGAUUUUUUACUUUUUAUUGGAAGCUAAAAGAGAAUGAGCGUAUAAAGGCCAUAAGCUGCUCACUUACAGAGACCUUGCUUAAAUAAGUAGUUGUAGGUACUAUGUUCUUGUACAGUUCUACUUUAACCCUCCCACUUAAACGUUGCAUCUCCGGGCACCAGAGGAAUCCAGUUCAACUGAACUUUCACGGUCCACCAGGUGAUUUAACCCAGCUUUUGUGAACUGGAAUCUGACUUGGAUGGACCCAUUCACCUGGGUUAUUAUUAGUCAAAAUUAUUAAUUUAUUAUCCAUGUCAUAACUAGAACUACAUAUUUCUUUAUUUUUACUCAUUGUAAAGCAAAUAGUCUGUCAUAGUGGUUUUGAAUUAUAGAAGUGGCAAAUAUAAUCUUACUCUGAUAAUAUUUUUUUAUCCAUAAAUUCUGUUAGAGUAUCUGUUUCCUUUACACCUUUAAAUGUACAACUUCUACCACUAAAUCUCAAAUGAGCAUCUGAAGUAAGCUUUUGCUUUUCUUGGAUUUAGAUCUGCAUUUGCUAUAUAGGGGAAUGGUAAUAAUGAGAAGGAAUAAUGGUUGAUUUCUCGUGGAUGAAAGUCCUUCCCACGUGGAAAAUUCAAGCAUUAGACACCACAACGUCAUCCCUUCAACAGAAUUCUAUAAGCUCCCCACCACACACCAAAAACUCAUCCUCUUCUAGAUUCAUCUACCCGUGAAUGUUUGUGCACUUCAUUACCCAAAAUGUGAUUCUUUCCCCAAUUCUGUCCUUCAGAACACUAUCUUACCCAUGUACACUCGUUUUUUUCUCUCUCUCUGUUUUUUUUUUUUGUCAAAGUUGGAACAUAGAUAGUCUUAGGAAUUCACCAAAGAAUGGUGAUUUUUCUAACCUCUAUUUCUUUUCCAUUUUCUUAAGGAAUAUGAAUAUAAGUCCACCUAUAUAGAGAUUCCUACCUCGUUGCAUUAGGAAGCUAAUAGCCAAUGUAAAACUCGUUGGAUUAAACAAACAUGACUUUUAGACGUGUUGUUGUUUAUAAAAAAGGAAUAUGAAUAUCAGGAUUAUUACCGCCGAUUCAAUUCAGGGUUCAUUAGGAACAGAAAGUGGUGACAAGGAAACAAAAGAAAAGGAGAUGACAUGCUCAUUGUGUGCUGUUUUUUCUUACGAAACCAGAAGUGGAAAAGCAUGUGCCUAUCGUCCUUCUUGUGCCUCCUCAUACAGUAUGUGAUGGAGAUGUGAACAUACAAUCUUGUCAUUAAUCUCUGCCGUGGUGAAUCCUGUUCAGGAAGAAACUACACCCUCCGUCACCACUACUAACAUGUCUACCAAGAAGGAGCUUCUUUCUACUGCCAUGGAGAGGACUAGUGAAUGGAUAUUCUCCCAGGAGAUUCCAAGUGAUUUUACAGUUCAUGCUGGCGGAACUUCCUUUGCAUUGCACAAGUUUCCAUUAAUUUCAAAGUGUGGACACAUAAGGAAAUUGGUAUCAGAAACCUGCGAUGCUGAUCUCUCUACAAUUGAACUCCCUGAAGUGCCUGGUGGAGCAGAUGCAUUUGAGUUUGCAGCAAAAUUUUGUUAUGGUAUUAAUUUUGAGAUGACCACAGAAAAUAUUGCCAUGCUUCGGUGUGUGGCUGAAUAUCUACAGAUGACAGAGGACUAUGCAGUUGGAAACCUUGUUGGAAGAACCGAAGCCUACUUGAAUGAAGUAGCAUUGAAAAGCCUUCCAGGAGCAAUUUCCAUUUUGCAUAAUUCGGAAAGCCUCCUUCCAACAGCAGAGGAAGUUAAAUUAGUGAGUCGAUGCAUUGAUACGAUAGCAUACCUAGCCUGCAAGGAUAGCCAAUUUUGCUCAUCAAGUCGGGGAGAAACUGGAAUUGGAUUUGUUAAUUCUGUUUCAGUUGUUUCGAAACCUGUAGUUGAUUGGUGGGCCGAAGAUUUAACUCUUCUCAGAAUCAAUAUCUUCCAGCGUGUUCUAGUUGCAAUGAUGGCAAGAGGGUUUAAACAGCAGGCACUAGGCCCAAUACUGAUGCUGUAUGCGCAGAAAUCUCUGCAGGGAUUGGAACUAUUUGGCAAAGGGAGGAAGAAGAUUGAUCCUAGACAAGAACAUGAGAAGAGGAUGGUUUUAGAAACAAUAGUUAGUCUUCUGCCAAGGGAGAAGAAUACUGUUUCAGUUAGCUUCCUUUCAAUGCUGCUACGGUCUGCAGUAUAUCUCCAGACAAUAGUUGCUUGCCGGCUUGACUUGGAGAAGAGAAUGGGCUUGCAACUUGGACAGGCUGCUCUUGAUGAUCUGCUGAUCCCUUCAUUUUCUUUCACUGGUGACACAUUAUUUGACGUGGACACUGUGCGGAGGGUCCUGGCUAAUUUCGUUGAAUCAGAAAUGGAGAUGAACAAUUUAGGCUACAGUGCAGAUGAAGAUUUUGCUUCUCCUUCCCCAGGUAACGUGGAAAGGGUUGGAAAGCUAAUGGAAAACUACCUUGCUGAGAUAGCAUCUGACCGGAACUUAUCUGUGUUAAAGUUCACUAGUCUUGCCGAACUGAUACCAGUACAAUCAAGGGUCACAGAUGAUGGGAUGUACAGAGCCAUAGAUAUUUACUUGAAGGCUCAUCCUGCUUUGAGUGACAUGGAGAGGAAGAAAGUUUGCAGCGUGAUGAACUGUCAGAAGCUAUCUCGCGAGGCCUGCGCGCAUGCUGCUAAGAACGACAGGCUUCCUGUCCAAAUUGUCGUUCAAGUGCUUUACCACGAGCAACAAAGGCUCCGUGAAGUGGUGAGUGGCAGCCUCACGGGGGCUGAAUCCCCUGCUCAUCCUCCCAAAGGGGAUGUUUACCCCACCGACAUCCACCCAGUUCCCGAUGAACUCUCGAGGUUGAAGAAAGAAAAUCAGGAACUCAAAUUUGAGCUGAUAAAGAUGAGAACUAGAUUGCAAGAGAUUGAUAAACCAACUGAUAAAUUAGGUUUGAACAGUCCAUCAGGAAGCACCGGGUCAUCUGCUGAUAAGCCUCGCCUUUCCCGAAAAUCGUUCAUCAGCUCGGUGUCCAAAAAACUGGGCCGGCUCUACCCGUUUCUCCGAGCUGAUGGAGCCACAGCCACUCCUACCAAAGGGCGAAAGAAAGAUAGCAGAGAUAGGCGCCAUUCCAUAUCUUGACACAAUUAUCAGGUUUGAAUUCAGCAGCUGCAUGCUGUUUCCUUUUCAAUCUCUUCUACUUCUGUGUGAUAUCCUUUUAGCUUGUUUAUGGUAAUUAUUCUCCAUAGAUUUUGCCAAGCAUCCUCUUAAGCUUUUCUAUUUCAUGCCGAAACCGACGGCUAGUUUAAGAUUUAAGGUCUAAGGAAUUGAUUCCUUCCGUUUAUAUGCUCCCUACUUGAGUGCAAAACAGAUUAUGUCUCCCUGCUUAUAAUAGAAAUUUGGCCAAAUCUAUAUUUUUUUAAUAUGUUUUUACGUUUUUUUGGUGCGAUUACUUAAAUUUUUAUUGUUUCGAUUAUAUCAUUGAAUCUAAUUUUUAAGUUAAUUUAA